CCAGGAAGUAGUUGCUCACGUCCCUCCUGUUAUGCCUGUCAAUUUCAGCACUCACAUCCUAAAACCUCUUGUGCCCUUAACCUUGUGCAGUGCAUUUGAACAGUAUUUUAUUUGGUAGAGCUACUGAACAUUCCAUUGUUUAAUUUGUUGUAUUGUUUGGAGCUGUCGCCAUGUCUCUUGCUGCAGAGGCGUUUGUCUCCCAGAUAGCAGCUGCAGAGCCUUGGCCUGAGAAUGCAGCACUGUAUCAGCCUCUGAAGGAUGAUCAGAUAUUGCUUUCAGAUCAUGCUUCCUCACUUGCUGUCCAGGCGUAUUUGCGAAUGUGCAAUCUGCCAGUCCAGGUGGUUUGUAGGGCCAAUGCAGAGUACAUGUCUCCAUCUGGUAAAGUCCCUUUUAUACAUGUCGGUAAUCAAGUCGUAUCGGAACUUGGUCCUAUAGUCCAGUUCAUCAAGGCGAAGGGCCAUUCACUUAGCGAUGGCCUGGAUGAAGUCCAGAAGGCUGAGAUGAAAGCCUACAUGGAACUUGUGAAUAAUAUGCUGCUGACAGCUGAGCUGUACAUACAGUGGUGUGAUGAAAAUACAGCAAAGGAGAUCACUAGGCCUAGAUUUAGCUCUCCAUACACAUGGCCUCUGAAUCACGUGUUGGCCUAUCAGAAGCAGUGGGAAGUUCGACGUAAGAUGAAAGCGAUUGGAUGGGCAGGGAAGACUCUUGAUCAGGUUUAUGAAGAUGUAAGUCAGUGCUGCCAAGCUUUGUCACAGCGACUGGGGACACAGCCUUAUUUCUUCAACAAACAGCCUACUGAACUGGAUGCUCUAGUCUUUGGACAUCUGUUCACAAUUCUUACAACUCAGCUCACCAGUGAUGAAUUGGGAGAGAAAGUGAAGAACUACAGUAACCUGUUGUCAUUCUGCAGGAGGAUAGAGCAGAACUACUUUGAAGACCAUGACAAAGACAGCAUUACAAGUUCAACCUCUCGCUUAUCAAAAGGCUCUUCCUUAAUGUAAACACUUCACAGCUGUAAGAUCCCCUUCCAUUGCCUAAUAAUGAAGCACACAAAUAGCUAGACUAUGGUACCUGCAACACAACAGUACAUAUAACACUGGCACAUGGUGGUCUAUGACAUUGUGUAGAAAACAUUUUCAGGAUUAUUCGUGAAAAGGAAAGUGUCUGCCGCCAAUAAUAAUUAAACAUGUUACAAUACUAGUGAAGUAAUGAUUAAUUUACUUUUUGUAUAACAAAAAUGAUUGUUAAAUUGUUAAAAUGAUUGUUAAAAAUAUCUAGAUAUGUUGUUUUUUU